AUAGUUUAAAAACUCUGAUAUAAAUAUACCAUUCCUUCUAAUACAGCUGUUUGAAAAGCUUGAAAGUGGUAUGGACAUCAACCAGAUGCUAAUGGGAAAUCCAGUCCAUUUUGAAUCAGCCAUUCCGACUUCGAUUGGAAUUCCUGUUAUAACAAACAUAGAUGUCUCAUUUCUGGCGCACAUUACUGCUGAUGUAAUGGUGGAAAUUAAGAAACUUUAUUACACUGGACGAGGCUCCGUAAAAUCAAACCUAUUAAGUCCAAUGGUGCAUACAAGAAUUUCAUUGGAACGUAGAAUAGAAUUUCCACGUAGCACUUCAUGUGGAUCAGCUUUACAUCUCAAACUAUUUUCAAACACGACUUUUGUUGGGUUGUCGGAGAUAAAUUUUAAACCAAGAGAAAUUAGGAUAAAGAGCACAUUUCCCAAAACAAUCAUUAAAGCAAGGGUGUUUCCUUCCCCAUCUAAGUGGGCAACCAAUGUAACAGAUGGAAGUACAAGAAGAUGUGUUUAUUCCACCAUAUUCAACGAUUUUGGUGUUUAUGCCAGGAGAUGCAGCAAAUCCUUACUAAACAUUGAGUAUCUUUUCAAAUCCCAUUCAUUGAGAAAACAAGACAUGACAAUAAAGUGGGGGCCGAUGAUGACAGAAGUUAACAACCAAUUGUUACCUUCAAUGGGUGUUCAUGUAACGGAAAACGGACCGCUAUCUACAUUCAGUCUGAACUACAUUCCUGCUUUGCAUGAAGUUAGAUUUGAGAAAAAAAGAGGCACUGACAGAGUUUGGUUGAUGAAUUGUAAUCUGCUUGUUAACAUGAACAGCAGAACUGCAAAACUUGAAAGUUUAUUUUCAAGCUGCAACAGAACUACUGGGAUGGUACCAACUACGCAGCUGACUUUGUUUUUUAAAAGAACUAAGGAACAAGAAACUUUUCAGCAAGUAAUGGCACAG